UAAGGGGAAUACUGCACCCAUUUUGCAGAUACCUCUCCCCUUGUUUCCACCAGGAAAUCCACAGCAGUGAUACUCAUGACGCUCAUACUUGUGAUGCCCUCCAUGGGCAUGGCUUGGGUUGUGCGCAGUCCCUGGCACCCCAGUGGUAACUCCUCCCCUUUCUCUCCCACUCAGCAAAGCAAGUGAGUGAGAACGACAUUGUUCUGGGAAUAACCUUGAAUUGCUCUGAUUUAUAAAAAAGCAAAUCGUUGUCAAACACUGCUCCUUUGACAAUUACCGCUGGAUUAUGCGUGACAUGGCUCACAACUGAUCACGAUACGCUGCGACUGAGAGCAACAGUUCUGGAGAAUUUAAGUUGGGUGGUGGGGAUGAGGCGAGAUCCAAGUGUCAGGCCAAGAUGCCGGUGGCUGAUGAGAUUGACUGAGGAAUCAGGAUAACAGAGGCAACAACUGAUGUUUCUUAAGGGCUUACAGACUUCCAGACACUCUCCCACGUGCCUUCAUUUUACAGGGCAAGGGACAUAGGAUGACCCCAGCCUGUCCCCUCUUACUAUCUGUGAUUCUGUCCCUGCGCCUGGCCGCUGCCUUCGACCCUGCCCCCAGCGCCUGCUCCGCCCUGGCCUCGGGCGUGCUCUACGGGGCCUUCUCACUGCAGGACCUCUUUCCUACCAUCGCCUCAGGCUGCUCCUGGACCCUGGAGAACCCUGACCCCACCAAGUACUCCCUCUACCUGCGCUUCAACCGCCAGGAGCAGGUGUGCGCCCACUUUGCCCCCCGUCUGCUGCCCCUGGACCACUACCUGGUCAACUUUACCUGCCUGCGGCCUAGCCAAGAGGAAGCCGUGGCCCAGGCGGAGGCAGAGGCGGGGCGGCCAGAAGAGGAGGAGGAGGCAGCGGGGCUGGAACUGUGUGGCGGCUCGGGCCCCUUUACCUUCCUGCACUUCGACAAGAACUUCGUGCAGCUGUGCCUGUCGGCAGAGCCCUCGGAGGCCCCGCGCCUGCUGGCGCCCGCUGCCCUGGCCUUCCGCUUCGUCGAGGUCUUGCUCAUCAACAACAACAACUCCAGCCAGUUCACCUGUGGCGUGCUGUGCCGCUGGAGUGAGGAGUGUGGCCGCACUGCUGGCAGGGCCUGUGGCUUCGCCCAGCCAGGCUGCAGCUGCCCCGGGGAGGCGGGGGCUGGUUCGGCCACCACCGUGCCUCCGGGCCCGCCUGCUGCCCACACCCUGUCCAAUGCCCUGGUGCCUGGGGGCCCGGCCCCACCUGCUGAGGCCGAUUUGCAUUCAGGGAGCAGCAAUGACCUGUUCACAACCGAGAUGAGAUAUGGUGAGGAGCCGGAAGAGGAACCGAAGGUGAAAACCCAGUGGCCAAGGUCUGCAGAUGAGCCUGGGCUAUACAUGGCGCAGACAGGCGACCCGGCGGCCGAGGAGUGGUCCCCGUGGAGCGUGUGUUCCCUGACGUGUGGGCAGGGUCUGCAGGUGCGGACCCGCUCCUGUGUGUCCUCCCCCUAUGGGACCCUGUGCAGCGGGCCCCUGCGGGAGACCCGGCCCUGCAACAAUUCAGCCACCUGCCCAGUGCACGGCGUGUGGGAGGAGUGGGGGUCCUGGAGCCUGUGCUCCCGCAGCUGCGGGCGGGGGUCCCGGAGCCGGAUGCGGACCUGCGUGCCCCCCCAGCACGGCGGCAAAGCCUGCGAGGGUCCCGAGCUGCAGACUAAGCUCUGCAGUAUGGCGGCCUGCCCGGUGGAAGGCCAGUGGCUAGAAUGGGGUCCCUGGGGCCCGUGCUCCACAUCCUGUGCCAACGGGACCCAGCAGCGCAGCCGGAAGUGCAGUGUGGCGGGGCCGGCCUGGGCCACGUGUACGGGUGCCCUCACGGAUACCCGCGAGUGCAGCAACCUUGAGUGCCCGGCCACAGAUGGCAAGUGGGGGCCGUGGAACGCGUGGAGCCUGUGCUCCAAGACGUGUGACACGGGCUGGCAGCGCCGCUUCCGCAUGUGCCAGGCCACGGGUGCGCAGGGCUACCCCUGCGAGGGCACUGGAGAGGAGGUGAAGCCUUGCAGCGAGAAGAGGUGUCCAGCCUUCCAUGAGAUGUGCAGGGACGAGUACGUGAUGCUGAUGACGUGGAAAAAGGCGGCUGCUGGCGAGAUCAUCUACAACAAGUGCCCCCCCAACGCCUCAGGGUCUGCCAGCCGCCGCUGUCUCCUCAGUGCCCAGGGCGUGGCAUACUGGGGUCUGCCCAGCUUCGCCCGCUGCAUCUCCCACGAGUACCGCUACCUGUACCUGUCACUUCGGGAGCACCUGGCCAAGGGGCAGCGCAUGCUGGCGGGCGAGGGCAUGUCACAGGUCGUGCGCAGCCUGCAGGAGCUGCUGGCCCGGCGCACUUACUACAGUGGGGACCUGCUCUUCUCCGUGGACAUUCUAAGGAAUGUCACUGACACCUUCAAGAGGGCCACCUACGUGCCCUCGGCUGAUGAUGUGCAGCGCUUCUUCCAGGUGGUGAGCUUCAUGGUGGAUGCGGAGAACAAGGACAAGUGGGAUGAUGCUCAGCAGGUGUCCCCUGGCUCUGUGCACCUGCUUCGUGUCGUGGAGGACUUCAUUCACCUGGUGGGCGAUGCCCUCAAGGCCUUCCAGAGCUCUCUGAUUGUCACGGACAACCUGGUGAUCAGCAUUCAGCGGGAACCAGUCUCCGCCGUGUCCAGUGACAUCACAUUCCCCAUGCGCGGCCGCAGGGGCAUGAAGGACUGGGUGCGGCAUUCAGAGGACCGCCUCUUCCUACCCAAGGAGGUGCUCAGCCUCUCCUCCCCGGGGAAGCCAGGGGCAUCUGGCACCUCGGGCAACCCUGGCAAGGGGAGGGGCCCGGGAACCGUGCCCCCUGGCCCAGGCCACUCCCACCAGCGCCUCCUGCCGGCAGACCCUGAGGAGUCCUCCUCCUACUUUGUGAUCGGUGCUGUGCUCUACCGCACGCUCGGCCUCAUCCUGCCACCUCCCAGGCCCCCGCUGGCCGUCACAUCCAGGGUGAUGACAGUGACUGUGCGGCCCCCCACCCAGCCACCAGCUGAGCCCCUUAUCACAGUGGAGCUCUCCUACAUCAUCAACGGCACCACGGACCCCCACUGCGCCAGUUGGGACUACUCCAGAGCAGAUGCCAGCUCAGGGGACUGGGACACUGAGAGCUGCCAGACCCUGGAGACCCAGGCAGCCCACACCCGCUGCCAGUGCCAGCAUCUGUCCACGUUUGCUGUGCUGGCCCAGCCGCCCAAGGACCUGACCCUGGAGCUGGCAGGCUCCCCCUCGGUCCCCCUCGUGAUCGGCUGUGCUGUGUCCUGCAUGGCGCUGCUCACCCUUCUUGCCAUCUACGCGGCCUUCUGGAGGUUCAUAAAAUCCGAGCGCUCCAUCAUCUUGUUGAACUUCUGCCUGUCCAUCCUGGCGUCCAAUGUCCUGAUCCUCGUGGGCCAGUCACGGGUGCUGAGCAAGGGUGUAUGCACCAUGACUGCCGCCUUCUUGCACUUUUUCUUCCUCUCUUCCUUUUGCUGGGUGCUCACUGAGGCCUGGCAGUCCUACCUGGCUGUCAUCGGACGGAUGCGGACCCGCCUCGUUCGCAAACGCUUCCUCUGCCUGGGCUGGGGUCUGCCAGCCCUGGUGGUGGCUGUGUCUGUCGGCUUUACUCGCACCAAAGGAUACGGUACAUCCAGCUACUGCUGGCUCUCCCUGGAGGGCGGCCUGCUCUAUGCCUUUGUGGGCCCCGCAGCCGUCAUUGUCCUGGUGAAUAUGCUCAUUGGGAUCAUCGUCUUCAACAAGCUCAUGGCACGUGAUGGCAUCUCGGACAAGUCCAAGAAGCAGAGGGCCGGGUCGGAGCGGUGCCCCUGGGCCAGCCUGCUCCUCCCCUGCUCAGCGUGUGGAGCGGUCCCCAGCCCCCUGCUCAGCUCAGCCUCGGCCAGGAACGCCAUGGCCUCGCUCUGGAGCUCCUGUGUGGUGCUGCCCCUGCUGGCGCUCACCUGGAUGUCAGCCGUCCUGGCCAUGACAGACCGCCGCUCAGUCCUCUUCCAGGCUCUCUUCGCUGUCUUCAACUCGGCGCAGGGCUUUGUCAUCACUGCUGUGCACUGCUUCCUGCGCCGAGAGGUCCAGGACGUGGUGAAGUGCCAGAUGGGUGUGUGCCGGGCCGAUGAGAGUGAAGACUCGCCCGACUCAUGUAAGAAUGGACAGCUGCAGAUCCUGUCAGACUUUGAAAAGGAUGUGGAUCUGGCUUGUCAGACAGUUCUGUUCAAGGAGGUCAACACUUGCAACCCAUCUACCAUCACGGGCACACUGUCCCGCCUGUCCCUGGAUGAGGACGAGGAGCCCAAGUCCUGCCUCGUGGGUCCCGAGGGCGGCCUCAGCUUCUCACCGCUGCCUGGGAAUAUCCUGGUGCCCAUGGCAGCCUCGCCAGGCCUGGGGGAGCCACCGCCCCCCCAGGAGGCCAACCCCGUGUACGUGUGUGGGGAAGGCGGCCUGCGGCAGCUGGACCUCACAUGGCUGCGACCCGAGCCGGGCUCCGAGGGGGACUACAUGGUGCUGCCCCGGCGGACUCUGAGCCUGCAGCCUGGCAGCGGGGGCGGAGGUGGUGAAGAUCCCCCGAGGGCCCGGCCCGAGGGCACCCCUAGACGGGCUGCCAAGACAGUGCCCCAUGCUGCCGAAGGCUACCCCAGCUUCCUGUCUGUGGACCACUCGGGCCUGGGGCUGGGCCCCGCCUAUGGGUCUCUACAGAACCCCUAUGGGAUGACCUUCCAGCCACCACCACCGACACCCAGCGCCCGCCAAGUAUCUGAGCCGGGGGAGCGCAGCCGGACCAUGCCCCGCACUGUGCCGGGCUCCACCAUGAAGCUGGGCUCCCUGGAGCGAAAGAAGUUACGAUAUUCAGACCUGGACUUUGAGAAGGUGAUGCACACCCGGAAACGGCACUCGGAACUCUACCACGAGCUCAACCAGAAAUUCCACACUUUCGACCGCUACCGCAGCCAGUCCGCAGCCAAGAGGGAGAAGCGGUGGAGUGUGUCCUCGGGUGGGACGGCCGAACGGAGCGUGACCGGCGAGAAGCCCAGCCCUGGGGAGCACCCCGGCUUGUCCCAACAGCGGAGACAUCAGAGCUGGAGCACCUUCAAGUCUAUGACAUUGGGCUCGCUGCCCCCCAAGCCCCGAGAACGGCUGGCCCUGCACCGAGCAGCAGCCUGGGAGCCCACAGAACCACCUGAUGGCGACUUCCAGACAGAGGUGUGAGUGCCACACCGGACUGCCCACUGCGUAUAAAUAUAUAUAUCUCUCUAUUUUCACACUCCACUUUGGAACCACCCAGGAGCCGGCGCCCCCUCCCCUUUCCCGAGGGCUGGGCAGGGAGGCGCAGUGGACUCGGCCGGGCUGGGGAAGCCAGACACGGCAUGGCCUGGGGGGCCAGGGCCCUUCCCUGUUUCUCAGAGGCCCCCCCAUCUUCACCCCAGGCUGUCUGUCCCUGUCCUGGGCUGGGGAGGGGGGAGGGGAACUUUGUCGGGAAUAAACUUCACUCUGUGGA